GCUUGGUGGGCCUCUCAGGUCCCAGGCAAAGCGGUAUAAAAGCCGAAAACCAUCCAUCCAUUGGUAUCAUUCGCAUCAGACUCGCAAGAUCGAGCGAACUACCAAUCACCCGAGCAACAAUGGCCUUUAAGUUUAUCGCUCUCGCCGCCUUGAUCGCCGCCGCUAACGCCGGUGUUAUCGCACCUGCCGCUCCCCUGGCCUACGCCGCGGCCCCCGCGGUAGUCGCCGCCCCCGUCGCCAAGGCCGUAGUGACUAAAGCCGUCGACGCCGACUUCGAUCCGCAUCCCCAGUACAGCUAUGCCUACGACGUGCACGACAGCCUGACCGGUGAUGCCAAGAGUCAGCAGGAGACUCGCGACGGCGACCUCGUUCAGGGUAGCUACUCCCUGUUGGAGGCUGAUGGAACCAGGCGCACCGUCGACUACACCGCUGACCCAGUCAACGGAUUCAACGCCGUAGUCCGCAAGGAACCCGCCGCCGUUGCCCCGGUCGCCGCCGCUCCUGUCGCACACGUCGCGCACGCCGCGCCCCUCGCUUACGCCGCCCCGGUCGCCAAGAUCGCCACCCCCGUGGCUCACGCUGCCCCUCUGUCCUACGCAGCCCCGAUCGCGAAGUUCGCCACUCCCGUGGCCCACGCUCCAAUCGCCUAUGCCGCACCAGCUCCGGUCGCUUACGCCACGCCGUUCGCCAAGGUCGCCGCUGCGCCUGCCGCCAUCUCCUACGCCGCUCCCGCUGCCUACCUCCAUUGAACUGUGACCUGAUCGUCGUUUAGGAAUGAUACUUAUCGAAUAAAUCUCAAAUUUUCUUAGCAAAAAUGUUGUGAAGUCGUACAAGAUUAUCUUGGCCUAUCUUUGAUGUAUCUUUGCUUCAGUACUUAAGUUCAAACCUUGAAAAGGAAUUGAUUGAAACUGCAGAAUUAAGAGUUACGUUUCCUAAAAAAAAGAAUUUUAAUAUAUAAUUAUAAUUGAGUUCCUUAUGCUGAUAAAAAACAAUGUCUUCAGCCGCUUUUCUCUCAAUGUGAAUAUACAUAUAUUUUACAAUCAUUUAGAAUAAGACUGGGAAUAGUUGUGUGUGUGUGUGUGUGUGUGAGAGACUUGAAUGUUGAAAUAAUCAUUAUCUUUUCAUGAAA